AUGGAUAUUAAGCGCCUCUCUGCGCUUGAUCCUACGGUUAUAGAGAGCUUCUUCUCUGAAUUUGAACAGCUCCGAAGUCAGUAUGGCGUCGAAAUAGAGAAUAUCUGGAAUAUGGAUGAAACAGGCUUUCAAAUGGGUCAAACAACAAGCAAUUUUGUGGCCUAUGACGCCUCUAUAGGGCGCCCUGUUGCUCCGCAGCCAGAUAAUACGCAAUGGGUCACAAUUAUUGAGUGUAUCUCAUAUCACCGCGCCCUAAAGCCCUAUCUCAUCUUUUGUGGCAAGGCACCAGAGCUACAUAUGUUCCCUGCUAUUGAUGAGCUACCUGACAUUAUUUGGGCCUUCUCUCUAAAGGGAUGGACUGAUAAUGAGCUUGGUAUUGAUUGGCUAAGGCGGAUAUUUAUUCCACAGAGGCCUAUAGGCAAGCAUUCUAUUCUGAUUCUUGAUGGCCAUGACAGUCAUUCUACAGGCCUAUUUCAGUAUCUCUGCCUUCAAAACGACAUCCAUCCACUCUAUCUACCAGCUCAUGCCUCUCAUAAGCUUCAACCACUCGAUUUAGGACCCUUUUCGCCUCUCAAAGCAGCAUAUGGCCAAUUAGUACAAAGAUUUGCACCAACAGGCCUUGCAACACUUAACCGCAGAGUAUUUACCAAGCUCUAUAUUGAAGCACGUCAAACUACAUUUACUGAGCGAAAUAUUCGUGCUGGAUGGCAUCGUACAGGAAUUUGGCCUCUAAAUAAGCAAAAACUACUCAAUGACCCUGAAAUUCGAAAUUUUGGACGUACUACGCCUGAGUAUCAACCCCCAGCUACGUCAGAUGGUCUCUAUAGCACUCCAAAGCAGAGUGACAAUUUACGCGCACUAAUUCGUCAAAUUGAGGCCAAAACAACGCCUCAAACAAGACGCGCUGUACGAAAGCUUGGCCACAGCGCUAUUCAAGAGCAUACUGGCGCUCAAUUGCUUCGAACGCAGCUCCGAGAGCUACGUCAAUUGGCUUUGAAGCAAGAGCUUACCAAACGCUCAAAAAGGAUACAAAAAGAGACAAAGCAGCGGUCGUGGAAUCUCGAACAGGUCAGGGCUGCUCUAGCGCCUAAAAAGGUCCAUUUCGUACGCAAGGAGGGCGGCGAAAAGCGAAUUCUGCGUACUGUUACAUUAGAAUAG